UUCCCUCUCCUUUACUAGCAUCAUUUUGGUGGGUGGUUAACAAGCCUGUUUCUUUCAGAACACCAUUUAUUUGUUUUUGGUGGGUGAGAAGAAUACGGUUGCUUCUAUCUUCAUCAUCAUUAUAAAACAACUGAUAUCACAGAUGAAGAUCACCAUGAGAAUAUUUUCUGCUUUGGAGAAUUACAAUUAAUGUUCAGGAGCAUGGAAUCAGGCGAAGAAGGCUUCUCAAUCUGGAGCAUAACAGGCCUGAUAGGCGCCCAAAUGGCAGCCAAAGCUGCAAUUGAACUAAACGUCUUCAACAUCAUCAACGAGGCAGGCCCUGAAGCUCAGCUUUCUUCAGCCGAAAUCGUUUCAAAAAUUCCCACAACCAAUCACAAAGCAGCCGCCAUUGCCUUGGACAAGAUCCUAGCAAUGCUAACCACAAAAUCCAUUCUUUCUAGCUCUCUGAGAUUACGUCCAGAUCAUAAGCAAGAAAGGAUUUAUGGGUUAACAAUGGCGUCUCGAACCCUAGUGACUAACGGAGGUGGAGUUUCCAUUGCUCCGCUGGUUCUCUUUGCUUGUGAAAAGGAAUUCGUGGACAGUCUUUACAUGGCCAAGGAGACUGUGCUGGAACCGGGCUGCUCCCCCUUCCGGAAGGCUCAUGGGUCGGAUUUGUUCGAGUAUCUGGCUAAGAAUCCUCGGUUGAGUAGAAUGUUUAACGAGGAGAUGGAGUGUUUUUCAAAGAUAUUGCUCCACAAGGUGUUAAAGGUGUAUUCUGGGUUCCAAGACGUGAAGGAAUUGAUGGAUGUUGGCGGCGGCAAUGGAGCUACACUAGAGAAGAUAGUCUCCAUCUAUCCGCAUGUUAAGGGCAUCAACUUUGAUUUGCCCCAUGUUGUUGCUGAUGCUGCUAUCAGCUGCCCUGGUGUGGAGCAUAUUGCCGGAGAUAUGUUCGACUCUUUGCCAAAUGCACAAACAAUUUUGUUGAAGUCGAUAUUACAUGAUUGGGACGAUGAUCGCUGCAUUAUGUUGCUGAGAAAGUGCUGGCAGGCGUUGCCGGAGGAUGGGAAGGUGAUAGCUCUCGAGUUCGGAGCUCCCUGCGGCAAUGUCGUGGAAUCAGAGCUUGCCGUGGCAACCGAUUUCUUCAUGAUGGUGCUGAACGUUGGCGGCAAGGAAAGAACCGUGGCUGAAUUGGAAGAUCUUGCCAAAGCAGCAGGCUUUGGAGAAACACUAGCGUUCUGCAUUGACAAGGAGAUUCAACUUAUGGAAUUCAUCAAGAAAAACUAAUCAAUGUCGGGGCGACAUAAUCUUCAACCUUCUUAAUUUAUCUGUAUAAUUGCCGUG